GUUUUAAUUUAUGAUACAUUUAUUUUAAAUUAUAUUAAAUUCUAAAUUAUAAACAUUUGUAUAAUUAAAAUGAAAUUUAGAGCAGUUAUUACAGAUACAGCGGCAAUGAGAGAUUUUAUGAAUAUAUCUUUAAUAUUAUCAAAAUUCUCUAAAGAAUGUGUAAUGAGAAUAUCAACGAGGAAAGUGUAUUUUAUUAUCUCAGAAGAAGAAUCUGGUCCUCGAAGACCGCUAGUAUGGUGUGAACUACCUGUUAACUUUUACUUUGAAGAAUAUAGUGUUACCGGAGUUAAUGAACAAUACAAUGAAAUUUAUUUGGAAUUUUCAACAGCCUUACUUGCAAGAUCAUUAUCAGUUUUAAAACAAACUGUAAAAUCUUUUAAAAUUAAACUAACUCAUAAACAAUCGCCUUGUCUUACUUUGGAUAUGGAUAUGGUGGCAGAUGAGUUAUCGAGUCAAGUUGUUCAUGAUAUACCCGUGGAAGUUAUUUCUAGAAAGCAUUGGGGGGAUUAUGAAGAACCGAGGUUUAAUGAUUUUCACGUUACAAUUUGUAUGCCGAGUAUAAAAGCCUUAAAAAACAUCGUUGAACGAUUGAGAAAUAUGAGCCAUAGUUUAAUAGUAAGCGCUAACCAAAAUGGUAGGUUAACGUUUCAAAUUAAAACAAAUAUAGUGAAUAUAGCAGCGCAUUUUACGGAUUUGAGCGUACAGAGUUUUGCUGUUGGUCAAAUUUCUUCUAAUAACGAUGAUGAAGACGAUGAUUCUCAGUUGAUUUCUUCGACUAUCGAUAUUAAGAAAUUUCUAAUGUUUUUAUCAGGUUUACAAAUAAGUAAUUGUAGGACGUUGUGUAGUAUAGUACAUGGUCAAAUGGUGAAACUUUUCAUGGAACAACCGGGGGCGCUUUCAAUUCAAAUAUUUUUAACUGAAAUGAGUGUGUAAUUACUAAAAAAACAAAAUAAA